GGGGGUUCUCAGAAGCUGCCUGUGCUGCUGGGGCCUUUUCUGUAGCCAGAGCUGCCACUGUGAUGUCUUUGUCUCUCCUCUCCGGGGGCUGAUGCAGGACAGCAGGAGGCUCUGCUCUCUGGGACCCUUUGCAUCUGGAAAGACACAGAGGGGCCAUGGGGGCUCUUGGUGUCCUGGGCUGGCUGCUGCUGCUGCUGCUGCAGGUGGUGCCCUGGGUCACAGGUGCCUGUCCCUGCAUCCCCAAGAGCUUUGGCCAGGAUUCCAUCGUGUGCGUUUGCAAUGCCACCUACUGCGACACGCUGGACCCCGUGGUGCUGCCAGCCCGCGGCACCUACGUCAAGUACGAGAGCAGCAAGGCUGGCAAGCGCCUGGAGCGCAGCGAGGGCAGCUUCCAGCACAGCCUGCACGCCCCAGGGCUGCUGCUGACGCUCAAUGUCUCUGCGCUGUACCAGCGCUUGAAGGGCUUCGGUGGGUCCCUCUCCGACUCUGCUGCCCUCAACAUUCUGGCGCUGUCACGGCCAGCCCAGGACCAGCUGCUGCGCUCCUACUUCUCCGAGAGUGGGAUCGAGUACAACCUCCUGCGACUCCCCAUGGCUUGCAGUGACUUCUCCACGCAUCCCUACAGCUACGACGAUGUCCCCAACGACUAUGAACUGAAGCACUUCAGGCUGGCAGAAGAAGAUGUGACAAUGAAGAUCCCUCUCCUGCACCGAGCUUCAGCCAUGAGCAAGCGACCUCUGUCCCUGAUAGCCAGCCCCUGGACCACGCCAGCCUGGAUGAAGAGCAACGGAGAUGUCCGCGGGAAGGGCACCCUGAAGGGGCAGGCAGGGGACAAGUACCACAAGACCUGGGCCAACUACUUCAUCAAGUUCCUGGAUGAAUAUGCCAAGCACAAUGUGACCUUCUGGGCAGUGACAGCACAGAACGAGCCCCUCGCAGCACUCCUCACGCCUCCCCAGUUCCCCACCAUUGCCUUCACUGCUGCCAGCCAAAGAGACUUCGUGGUCCACGACCUGGGCCCCGCACUGGCCCGCAGCGCCCACCGCACCCGGCUCAUCAUCAUGGACGACCAACGCAUCCACCUCCCGCACUGGGCCAAAGUGGUCCUGGGCAAUGCCACUGCUGCCCGCUAUGCCGCUGGUGUGGGAAUUCACUGGUACCUGGACAGCAUUGUCCCUGCCAGCUGCCUGGAUGCCACCCACAAGCUCUUCCCUGACCAUUUUCUCCUCUACACGGAGGCCUGCAGUGGAGUCCUCACCCUACGGUUCUCUGUGUCCCUGGGCUGCUGGGAGAGAGGGGUGCACUACAGCCACAGCAUCCUGACGGUAUGACCCCCACCCCCCAACACACCCUGUCCAGGUCUGGGGCCCCACU